AUGGCGGGCCAUACAUUACCAUACAAGGAAGAGGAAAACGCCGGGGAAAACGAUAUCUGUGUUUAUUUACCUGUCUUGCAACUCGGGCACUUCAUCUUGGCGUUUGGCCUUGAUACGACUUCAUUUCUAAAUGCCUUCUACAGAAUGGUUAACAACAGAAGAGGUUUACCAGUAAAGAUGCUGUCAGACAAUGGCAAAAAUUUCAUAGGAGCUGAAAAAGAACUCAAAGACUUAGUAUUACAGUUAGACAAGAAUCACAUUGAAGGCAACACAGCAAACAAGGGCAUUGAAUGGCAGUUCAACCCUCCACUAGCUCCCCACUGGGGUGGAGUUCAUGAGUCACUUAUAAAAUCAGCAAAAAAGGCCAUAGUGAAGAUCCUGGGAACUGCUAAUGUUACUGAUGAGGAAUUGAUGACAGCUUUCAUAGGAGCAGAAGAUAUUGGCUCUACAUUUAAUCAUCCUGCACUCUGA